AUGGCAAGGGAAGUUAAGUUCAGACAGCAAUGGUCAGAAAACCCAGGUUCCCCGCCGCCGUUUGCCCAGCCCGCCGUCCAACUCGGAGAAGAAAACAUGGCGGAGGACGCGAACGCGGUAGAAUCGCUGUGGGAAGAAGUGAGAGAACUGAGCUUGGGGAAUUCAGUAGAACGACUGGACUCGCCGCCGUCAUCGCUCGACUUCCUCCGCCGCUUCGUCUCCGCCAACAAGCCCUGCAUCAUCUCCAACGCCGUCUCUCAUUGGCCGGCACUCUCCCUCUGGCAGGACCACAACUACCUCACCCGAUCCCUCUCCGAUUCCCUCGUCUCCCUCCACCUCACCCCCGACGGCCGCGCCGAUUCCCUCGUCCCGCUCUCUUCCGGCUCUCUAUGCUUCGCCUCCGCGCACGUGGAGCGCGUCCCUUUCCCUCGCGCUCUCCAAUUCGUUCUCGACAGCAGCAGCAGAAAGAGCGAGGGGGCGAGUACUCGAGAUCCUUCUAUCGCCUACUUGCAGCAGCAGAACGAUUGCUUCCGGGAGGAGUACUCGGCGCUGAGCGGCGACUGCGAUCCGCACAUACCUUGGGCGACGGAGGCUCUCGGAUGUCCGCCGGAGGCCGUGAAUCUUUGGAUUGGGAACCAUUUGUCGGAGACGUCUUUCCAUAAGGACCACUACGAGAAUCUCUACGCCGUGGUUUCCGGGGAGAAGCAUUUCUUGCUGCUCCCUCCUACUGAUGUUCACCGGAUGUACAUUCGCGAUUACCCAGCCGCUCACUACUCUUGUGAUCUGGAAGGCGGGAAAUUUAGGUUGGAGAUGGAGGAGCCGGCGAGGUUUGUUCCAUGGUGCAGUGUGAAUCCUUACCCUUCACCGGAGACCAAAAAAGUCGAAGUUUCUAAGUUCCCUAUGUAUUUCAAUGGUCCAAAGCCAUUUCAUUGUACGGUCAGGGCAGGAGACAUUCUUUACCUGCCUAGUAUGUGGUUUCAUCAUGUUCGACAGAGUCCAGACGAGAGAGGCUGCACCAUUGCCGUAAACUACUGGUAUGAUAUGCAGUUUGAUAUCAAGUAUGCUUAUUUCAACUUCUUGCAAUCGAUUCAUCACAGACCAAGAUCGUCAAGAAACAGAUUGGAAGACUUGGAUGAGGAUGCCGAUGAAGAUGAAGAUGAAUAA